GCUUUCUGUCCACUCUAUGUCACAUCACGACUUGAUGCUAUUUUUGGUCUGCUUGCCUCUUCGCUCCGGUUUGCCAUUUUAUGCGAAUGUUCUUUUUUCCUUUCUGGUUGGGAAAGGCCGAUACCUUUACGAUUGAUACGACAUUCAUGACACUACGAAUGGCGAGAACUUUGCUUUUCAUUGUAAGGAUCUCAGAGGAAUCAGAAAUCUGGGUGGUAGUAUUAUUGUGCAUGCUCUAUGAUACCACUAGAACGCAUCGACCAUACACAGUGGACAGACAGUCUUGCCACGUUUAGCUAGCUUCUUGACCAACAUUCUACUUGCUUCUCACCCAAUUCGUAUAUUCGUUUCUUAUAAUAGGGUCAUCACGGUC